AUGGAAAAUUCACCUAGAAGGCAAUCAGGCCCUGACACAUCAUCAGGACCCCGUGCUCAAGCGUUUUCUACUUUAUCAUCUGAUGAUACAUGUACAUUACAAUCGACUUCUGGAAUUUAUGCCGCAAUAUUUGAAUUUUCGCAAGCCUCUUAUCCGAAAACCAUAUGGGAAUAUGGUUCAUUAGUUUUGAAUAACAACGACGGAUUCAAAUUAUAUGUCGUAAAUACUCCAGUAAACUCUUGUUCAUCAGAUUUUAACACAGAGCCUUCGAUAGUCGUUUCUUCAUAUGAAGGGAUAUCAUAUAUUGCUGUUUAUACACAACUUUAUGAUGCAGAAGCAAGAGGAUUUACUAGAACAAUCAUUUUUACGAUAGUCAUGUUAAAUUUUGACACAAUCACUAAGCUACACUCGAAAUACUAUAAUAAAAUCAUCGAAAUAAUCAAGAUAAUUCAGUCUCCAUCAGUAGAAAAAUUUCCAUUAGAAUUAAAACAGUUUGCAAGGUCAUUGAGUCGAAUCCAAGAGCAAGAGAACAACAAAAAUCAAAUAAUCAACUCAAAAAUGGAAGAAUUACAAAGAAUUUUGAAACUUUUUAAGAUAGAAAAAUAUGAUGACGUAGAAUACAUCGAAAGACCCCUAGAAUACUUCACUAUUAUUAAUAACGCGCUCAGACCUAUCGAAGAAUUAAUACAUUUAGAAGAUAUUCGACCAAAACUUGAAGAAUUCGUUGAUUCUCUACCAUAUAAUUCAUUUUUAGCCAAUAUAGAUACUGAAUCAAGCUUCGUGGAAUCUCCAAUUACUAUAGAUUUUGGAGGAUCUAGCAAUUUUCGCGGUUUCGGCGGUUUUCCGGCUUUUGCCUUACGAUCAAUGCAUUUACAAGCAUGUCCGUAUUCUCUUGUCAAGUUUUCGAAGAAUAAUGUCUUCUUUUUCAUUGGAUUUACAUUAUUAUCCGGGCAAACGUUGAUAAUCAGAUCCAACGAUAUCAGCAUUGCGAAACCACUCGCCGAACGAUUGAUUUUCUUAGUUCCUUUCUUCAGACCGGAAUAUUACAAAAUAUGUAAAACGAUUACGCCUGAAGAAUCUCUUAAAUACUCGAUAGUUGUUACAGAAAACAUUUGUGGUGACGCUAAGCACCUUGCCAGCGUUUUGGAUUUACAAUCAGAUUAUUACGCCGGGGAUGGCUGUCCGCCAUCAUCUAUAGUAUGGAAAGUCCUUGGCAAGAGCACAAAUGUAAGUGAAACGGCUUUUAUCCUCCAUAUGCUGAUGAAAUUAAAAGAUUGUGCGGCAUGUUUUGUUAUGAAGCUCGCUGAGGUAGCAGGAGUUAAAGCAUUAACACCUGAUUCACUCUUGAAUGAUCUCAGGGCUUUUGGGUUCUCUAAAGAUGAUGCUCCGAUAUUAAAAUAUUGGAUCGCUUCGUAUUUCAACAAGGAUAAGUUGAAACCGAUUCUAAGAGGAAAUAGAUCAAAAUCUGGACUUACAAUGGCUCCAUUUUGA